UUACCAAAAUAUCUCGAAAUGGAAAUCUAUAGUUCAGACUUUGUUUACAGUAUUUACUCUUGGUGGCCUAUUAUCAAAUAUUGUGUUCACUAAUAUCCUGGUGUAUAUAUCGACACUUAACUAUCCUGGUGGAGUGGCCUUUGCAAAACUACAUCACAAUUUUGCCGACUCAUCAAAGCCAGUGAAUGUCCAUAUAUGUAAUCUUGCAGCUCAGACUGGCGUGUCAAGAUUUGGGGAGUUAAGGAAUGACUGGAGGUUUGUCCACAAUAGUUUUUGGGUAUUGUUCUAAUUUUUGAAACCGUUAGCAAUGGGGGUGGGUGAGGGGCAUUGGUGGGAGGAGGACCACAAGGGCAAAUCGCGAGUUAAACGGGACCAUUAGGUAUACAUUUUCAUGUUUUUAUGAGUGGAAAUCUUUGGUUUGAUGAACGAAAAUAUUUUUUGACCAUGUUGAACAAGUUUGGCUUUUUUCAUGUUCUUGGAAAGACUGGGAAACCAUAUGGGGGUCCAUACGGGCGAAUGGAGAGCCAUUGGAUGAAUAUUUUCUGAAACCAAAGCUUGGAAUGCAGGGGCAAGGGGCAAGGAAAACUUGAAGGGAGGACCAUUUCAGGGAAAUUAGUUUGAAACCAAAGAGGGACCACAGGCCCAAAAAAGCAAGGCUGGGGGGGGGGGGGCAUGGGAUGAAUGGGGACCACAGGCCCAAAGGAGAGAGGCAAAGGAGGACAUUGAAUGAAAUUAGUCGGAACCAAAAGGGGAUCAGAGGGUCGACAGGACUGCUGAUGUAGGAGAUUCUAAAUAAUGCAAACCUUUUGUAGAUAUUUCAAGAAAGAGAACAUUGAGGGGAAUUUUGAAGAACUAGAGGAAUAUAGUCAUCUAAUUGUGGAAGCACCAUGUGGAAUAUUUGAAAAGACGCACAGGAUAGUGGAGGAAAUUCAUGGAUUUGGAGGGAUAUCAUUACGAACAUGUGACAUAUUUCCAUACAUUUCAUUG